CUUUAUCUCAGAUCCUAGUCGAAAUCAACACACACCCGUCGACUUAAUAUCUCAGUGACCUCAGUCGGACAGGUCAGAAAAUGACCGCCUCCAUUCGCCCUCAGAGGUUGCUUCCACGCCUCUCUUCCGCAACCUCCCAAACAGCUUCCCGAACUAGACCUGCAUUCUUCAACCAGACAACGCCAGGAACAUGCAUCCUCUGUCAAUAUAGAACCCAAAGUACCAUUCGCAUAGCACGCACCAAUCUCUUCGAGCAGCCCCGUCGCUUCGCAUCCACAUCUUCUACUUCCAAUACUACCGCAGCCGAGAACAACGCCGCUAUCCCAAACAUCCCGGACAUUACAAACCACUACACUAUUUUCCCCAAGACCCUCCCCGCAGGGCCGCCUCCCAACUCGCCCUUCGACAUCUCCGUCGGCGAUCUUCGCCGUGAGUUUCUCCAGCUCCAAAAUACAAUCCACCCGGAUAAGUACCCACCGGGCCCAGCCAAGCAACAAGCGGAGGCUCUCUCAGCCCGCAUCAACGAAGCCUACCGCACGCUGCUCGAUCCGCUCGCGCGUGCACAGUAUCUCCUCCACGAGCUACAUGACAUCGACGUCACAGCCGAGGACGGCGCAGCGCAUCAUGCGCUCGAUCCGGAGACGCUGAUGGAGGUGAUGGAAGUGCAGGAGACAAUCGAAGAAGUGGGCGCCGAACCUGGCGCUGAGACUACGAUUACCGAGCUCAAGAAACAAAACGAGGCCCGUGUGGUCGACUGUGUGGAGAAUUUGGCGAACGCUUUUAAUACGGGCGAUGUUGAAUCCGCAAGAAAGGAAUGCGUGCGCUUGCGAUUCUGGUAUAAUAUUGCGCAGGGGCUGAAGGAGUGGGAGCCUGGUACCACGGAGAUCCGACUCGUACAUUAAUCUCUCGCUUUUCCAAGUCGACUUUGUCGGAUCACCAUAUACUGGUGCCGACCAUGCCACGUCAUGUCUAAACUAUUUAUGUACUGUACAAUGCCAUCGGCGUAAAUACCCUCAUCUCAUACCAUAGACAUAGAAUAUAUCUUCCCUGGCCGAAUAAUGAGAAAUCAGACUCCCUCAUAACAUAGUAUACUAAAAAAGACCUUAAAACUGAGCUCCAAGCCAGAGAAACAACCACAACCACAACCCACCCUCAAAAUAUCCCCCAGAUUCAAUAAACCCAAAUAUCAGCACAUACAAGUCUAGACCUAACAAAUUCCAACUAACGAGUACUCUACCCCACGUUCCAAGACCACACCCAAAAUCCCCAAUAACCCAAUUUUAACCCCAACAUGAGUCCCGCUCCGCCAAAAACCCCCCAAGAAAACCAAGCGCCAAUUAAUCAGAACCCCAAACCCAAACACUAAAAAUCAUGUAUGCAUCAAACGUGACAGGAUGUCCCAGCUCAACCUCCCAAAAUCUAACACCAACCACCACUCCUAAAUAAUCGUCGAUGUCUCAAACAAACCUCUCCACCCCGAGACCCGAACCCCGGAUCAAGUACAUAUUAACUCGAACUCAUCCCUUUCUCCCAUUUCCAUUUUCCUGUAAAUGAGAUUGGCAUUCCUAC